AUGCCGUACACGAACAAGCGGGCGAUGCGCCUCCCAUCGCGCAGCGUCUCUCCGCAGUUCAGACCGGUCGACGUCGACCAGCAGGACACCUCCGACGGAGCCUCCGAUCCCGCGACCUCGGAGUCAGGAACACCAGGCCGUCCUUCCGAUUCUGGCAAAGCCUCAUACAGCACGAGGAGGGCAGAGAGGAAAGCUGCGGCCAACACUGACGCUGAGUCUUCGAAAGAGGAGGACGAGGAUGCGCAGAGCACAGAAGGUACCACUUCGGCCAGCAACAGCGAGUCGAACGCAGACGAAAAUCUAGAAGAUGCUGAAGGAUCGGAUGAGGACGAUGGUUCGAACGUUCAAAUCGUCAAGACAUCCUCACCUCAAGUCGACACGGCCCCGAUCCAGCGUCAAAUCAAGAGGCUCACCAUCAAAGGCCCCAAGCUUGGCACGCACACUCCACACGGUACAGCCUACGCCAGGGGUGUCUACCAGCGUCAAACCGAUCUGAAGAAGGUCAUUGCGAAGCGUAUUCCGUACGAAAAGAUGUCCGACAAGCAGCGAUCCGACCACUGCACGUGCCUUCUCAACAACCUUACCGCCACGCUCGGCAAAUCGGAUACUCUCGUCGACAUGAUGUUCAAGGUGCGUCAGCUGAUGGGGCAGAACUGGAGCAGGCUCAAGGUGUACACAGAAGCCAUCGACGGCGCGCGCGACGACAAGUCUAAUCGGGACCACCGCCAGUUCCAACGCUGGCAAGUCAUCGGCUUGCUCGUUGAGGUGUGCCGCAACUACCACACCGAGGUCGUCCGGGCAGAGCGCGAUGGUUUUAAGCUCGAUACCACCUCUGCGGACGAGGAGUGGCUAAGGCUGCUGGACGAGCUUCUCCUACGCGGUGAGUAUGCGGAAGCCUUCGAGUCCGACCUCAUCAAGAUCGAGGAACUCAGUAGUGAGGGGAGCGGGAUGCUGGCUCUGUUGGAGUCCGACGGUCUGCAUGGCGUUGACCACUACGUCCACAACAAGUUCGUCGACAUGGAAGCGGAAGUGUUCGUAACUGAUCACUGGCGGCUGCCGUCAGACGAAGACACGGACGUUAGCGACAGCGAAGACAGCCUGGCGGACAAGGGUGAUAAAGGUGGCGAGGGCGGCCAGCAGGGCGACUCGGAGGAGAUGGAAGGAAUGGAUAUGAUGGAGGGCACGGUGGAUGUCGAUGAGACCGACGCAAUGGACAUCGACUAG